AUGAGUGAAGGGACCAAGCCCGAAACUAGUCAACUUACCAAUAAGGAGCUCAAAGAGCUUAAGAAGAAGGAGAAGGCUGCAAAGAGAGCGGCCAAAAAAGAAUCCAUUGGAAUCAAACCUGAUGCCCCACAACGCCGUGGUGGUGAUAGACCCAAAACUGCUUCUAACAUCAAGAAACAAAUUAACCAGUCCAAGACCCAAUCAGAGACCUUGAAGAUCCCUCCAUUAUUUGGUCAUUUAGAAACGAGAGAACAGAGAAUUAGCAGUACCCCACCGCAAUUGGCUAAUAUUGUACACCCCUCUAUUCUCACUCUUUGUUUAAAGUACAGUACGUUCAAGAUCGUGGGAUCUACGCAUAGGUGCCAAGCAAUGCUAGAAGCUUUCAAGGAUGUGAUUGAAUCUUACAAAACCCCAGAGGGUACUUCCUUGUCCAGACAUUUAACUGGCCACCUGUCUCAUCAAAUUGAGUACUUGAAGAGUGCUCGUCCCCUAAGUACUUCUAUGGGAAAUACUAUCCGCUGGUUGAAACAGGAAAUUAGUUUGAUUUCGAUUGACGAGACUGAUGAACAGGCCCAACUGAUUUUGACCGAAAAAAUCGAUGUUUAUAUUAAGGAAAAGAUUGAGUAUGCUAACAUCGCCAUCACAGACAGCACUAUCCAGCAUAUUGUGGAUGGAAGCACAGUCUUAACAUUUGGACACUCACAGGUUCUUUUGCAUAUAUUCAAGCAUGUUGCUACGGAGUUAAACCGCAAGUUCAAGUUGGUCAUCGUUGAUUCCAGACCUUUAUUUGAGGGAAAGAAACUUGCCACAGAAUUAAGCGGAUAUCCAAACAUAUCAUGCCAAUACAUUUUCAUAAAUUCUCUCUCAUCAAUCCUUCAAGAACCUGUUGAUGUGGUACUGCUGGGAGCGCAUGCCAUGCUUUCGAAUGGAAGACUUUAUUCCAGGGUGGGUACUGCUCUUAUUGCUAUGAGUGCUCACAAGAGAGACAUACCUGUAUUGGUUUGCUGUCAAAGUAUCAAGUUCAGUGACAAAGUGCAAUUGGAUUCUGUGACCAUGAACGAACUCUCUGAAGGUCAAGAUCUUUUAACCAUGGGAUCGAAACCAACAAAAAGAAAUGGUUUUGCAUUGGAGCAGUUUCUGAAGGAAAAAAGAACGCAAAAAGAAGAAGAAUCCAAAGGAAAAAAGAAUUCCAACAACAACAACAACAGUAAUAGUAACGGUGUCUCGUUGACAAAGCCUGAAGAUCCUUUGGCAAACUACAGAGAAAUAGACAAUGUCACCAUAUUGAAUAUCAUGUAUGAUCUGACUCCUCCAGAAUACAUUCAAAAAGUCAUCACUGAAGUAGGUUCUUUGCCCCCGUCCUCAGUUCCAGUAAUUUUAAGAGAAUACAAAGGUAACAGCAGUAACAGUUAG